AUGCCUUACUCUCAGUCUACACACAACCCCCCAGUUGCCUCUUUCCUUUCCAUGCUUAGCUCAAGCCGAAUGCACGCUGACAAUUUUCUUAUCCCAUUCUACUCGAAAAUGGAAAUGCCUAUUGCCGAUUUAUCCGGUAAACUCGUUAUCAUUACCGGCUCCAAUUCUGGGAUUGGUCUGGAGACCGCUCGUGCAUUCGCGGGAAUGGGCGCUCGAGUUAUUCUAGCAUGCCGUAAUGAGGCAAGGGUAGAAGAGGCAAAGAAGCAGAUUAUCCAAAGUACUGGUAACCUGAAGGUCGAGGUCGAGCUUCUUGAUUGCGGAAGCUUCGCGAGCGUCCAUAUUCUCGUAAAUAACGCUGGAGGGAACACAGCAGCGCUAACUCUCACGGAAGAUGGCUACGAGCAAACCUACCAAACCAAUCACCUAUCCCACGUUCUUCUCACCCACAGCCUACUCAACGCAGGAUGCAUUGCUCCCAAUGGACGCAUCAUAUCUGUCUCUUCCGUUGGAUAUUACUCGAGCGAUCCACUUAAUAAAAACAACAUCGAUAAUCAUGACAUCCUGACCAAGUUUGACAACAAGACGGGGACCAAGCUACCACUAGCUGACAUGAUGCAGCUGUAUUUCCGGUCCAAGGCAGCACAGGCUGUAUGGUCCAUGGCGUUGCAGCGUCGACUUUCGGAGAUUGAGGGAUGGAAAGGCAUUACGGUACAUUCAUGCCACCCAGGUACGGUCAAAACCGCGAUAUGGUCCCAACCUAACGGUGCUGGAGCAAUGACCGACAUGGCCUCGAGUUUGUUUAAGCUUGCGGCGAGAACACUGGGCAUAUCGAGCGAGGAAGGGGCUGUGACCAGUGUAUGGCUAGCAGUUGCACCUGAACCGGCCAGUCCUGGGAUGGAAGGUCUGUUUUGGGAUCGUAUGCAGUGGAAAUGGGUCAAGCCUUGGAGUCUCGAUGUCACCCUCCAGGAUGGGUUGUGGGAUGUCUGGUGCAAAGAAACGGGUGCACCGCUUUAUUGA